CCCAGAGUACAGAAGGGAAAAGAAAAGGGAAACACAGACAGGACCUCCCCCAUCUUUAUUUCUUCGUACCUGACGCUCCUCUGCGUCUUUAUUUUCUUCUUCCUCUCAUUCGUCUGGUCUUUCCUUCCUCUUCUUCUGUGGUUUUAUAGACUCAGGUGAGAGAUGGGAUGUGGAAAUUCCUCACCAGCCACCAACAACAGCAACACCACUGGAGGUCAAGCUGAGUCUUCAUCAAAGGCAUCAGAAGAGUCUGCGCCAGAAGACGACAAAUGGAAGAACUAUGGAGGUGUGUACGUGGGUUUUCCCACCGACUUGAGCAACAUUCCUCAAGUACAGAUAGGAUCACUCAGAGAGAAUGAGAGAGACUUGUUAGCCCUCAGGAGGCCACUGUGGGGAGAUGGACUCUGAUUUUAAUGAAGAGUCAGGGUGUGACGGAAGAAGGAUACAGCAGAAGAAGAAGAAGAAACCCUGCAGGGGUCCUUCAGGUCCUCAGUGUUUGUCAUCAGGAACUCACCAAGUCUGAAAUGGGGAACAGCAGCAGCACCCAGUGGAGCCAAUCUUCUCUCCCAGCAUCCUCUGCGUGGACUUUAAUGGGAUCAGCGUCACCUGCUUUAACCAGCUGUGGAGCCUGUUGUGUCAAACAAACUGGUUAAAGAUAUUUGUGCUUUAUGGAAACAGACGGACUCACGAAACAGAGACAGUUUGCUGUUUUAAAAGACAAAGCCCUUCGAGAUCAUUACAUAAAGAGACUGGAGAUCUAUAUUCCAACGAAUCAACUCGACUUCAUUUGGCCUUAUUGGCAUGUUGUGUAGCUGCUUGAUGAAUCUAGCAGCAGAUGUUACAGUGAACGUUUAGCAGCUGAUUGUAACAAAAUGGCUUGUUGAGGGUGAAGAGUAGUUAUUUAAGGUCCAAGUAUAAAGUAGCACUACGUGAUGAAUAUAUUAAAGGAUAAGUUUGGUGAUAUUCAGUCAGUAAAACCCAAAAAAGACCAAAAGCAACAAUUCAAAGUUUGUCAAUCUAUGUAAAGGACUUUAAAAUAAAAAAAGUAACAGUUAAAGAACAAUUUUCUUAAAGUUUACAAACUGUUUUACAAUAUAAAAGUAAUAAA